AUGAGGUCACCUCAGAAGCCGAAGGAGGUCCAAAAUCUCAAUGGUCAAAUAGCCGCACUCAGCCGCUUCAUCUCCAGGGCUACAAAUAAAAGCUUACCCUUCUUCAAUGUGCUCAAGCAAGGAAAGAAGUUCCAAUGGAGUUCUGAGUGUGAAGAAGGCUUCCAAGCGCUGAAAAAGCACCUUGAAGAGACGUAUCUCUUGUCAAAACCUCAACCAGAAGAUGGAUCCUCAGGAGAGGCGGGCUCCAGGGCAGGAAUUGUCUUGGAAAGCCCGGAGGGUCACAAACUAAAUUGCGCAGUAAGGUUUGGCUUCAAAGCCUCAAAUAACGCUGUCGAAUAUGAAGCCCUUCUAGCAGGCUUCAGACUGGCAAGAGAAAUGCAAGUUAGAAGGCUCGUAGCUAGCAGCGAUUCUCAGCUGAUAAUGAAUCAGGUCAGUGGAAGCGUUGCAGCCAAAGACAGCAGCAUGGUUGUAUACUUGAAAUUGGUUUUGGACCUAAUCCCUCAGUUUGAAAGGUUCGAACUGAUUCAAGUCUCACGCCUAGAGAAUACACAUACAGACGCCCUUUCAAAAUUGGGUAGCAGCAAGGAUUCUGAGCUAUUAAAGAUAGUCCCUAUUGAACACCUAUCGAAACCCUCCAUUUCCGGAGGAGAAGAGGUACUUUGGAUAGAAGGCACCCCAUUAUGGAUGCAGCCCAUCAUCGCCUACCUAAAGGACCAAACACUGUUUGCUUCUAGAAGCGAGGCGAGGAAGUUGAGGAGAAGGGCUGCGCACUUCGUCCUAAAAGAGGAUAUGCUCUACAAAAGAGGCUUCGCCUCACCACUUCUCUAA